AUGGUGUCCCCUACUCUAACGCGCAUGACUGCGCAGGUUCACAUUACCGGCUACCCCAUGCCAAAGAACCUAGCCGAAAGCAAGCUGCUAUUGGGCGCCCUCCAGAAAUUUGGAGAAGUAUUAACAUACCGCAACCUCAAGUAUGACACAACCAACACCUCACCAAACCCCAACCGCCCCAUCGUCGCGAUCUUCGAGACAGCCGACGCAGCAGACCGCGCGAUAGCAGCUUCGCCCAUAACCAUUCCCCUACCGACACCCACUUCAGCCUCUAAAUCUUACCCUUCGACCUCUAUUCCAUUCACAUCAACUACCAAUUCACCAUCAAAUACCCCCUGCUCAUUGAUCUUCGAAAUUCAACACUCGCGCCAUAACCACGCCUCCGCCCUCAAACGAAGCCCCUUCUACUCCACCUACAACCUCUUCAAAAAUAACCCCGUCUACGAAGAUCUGAUCAGUGAAGAGACGGGUAUCCCGCUCAAAGAACUGGCUGAUACGCUGUCGAGCAAGAAAUAUCCUAUCGGCGCUGGCGUCAAGUUUAAUAUUCAAGAGGAGAAUCGGCGCAUGGGUGCGACGAGUUUGGUGAAUAUGUGGAAGGAGGGGAUGGGUAUUGGGAUUGAGAAUGAGGAGCAGGAUUGUGGUGAGAAUGGAUCUGAGACUGGAAAUAUCGGUGAUGGUAUCAGAGAGCCCGGGGAGGGAUUGGAGGGCGAUAAGAAAAGUUCGGUGUUCUGA